UCCCUUCCCAGAUCCCCCCACCCUCUCCCCUCCCUCGCCACCGAACCACCAUACACCGAGCAGCCUCAGCUUCAUUCUCCUCUCUUCCCAUUCGGUCCCCGCGACUCGCUCCAGCCACAUGCCACUGCCCCGUGAUCCUCUUGCCGCCGCUGCCAUUCCAUUCCUCCCCACGACCUGCCGUGCUGAUGAUGGACGACCCGCCGCCCUCCUCGCUCCACCGGCUUCCCGUGCCGCCGCCGCCGCCGCUGCUGCUUCUGCUUCUGUUGAUGCUGGUCUCCGUCUCCUGCCCGCUCGCCCGCGCCGCCGCAGCGGCUGGAGGAGGACUUGGUGGUGCUCAGGAAUGGGGCGCGAGCACGGACGCCGCUUCCGUUGAACUCAGAAAUUCGCAUCCAAGAAGACUGCUACAGAUAACCUUCCCACCAUCUCUCAUGCCGCCGACUCGAGCUCCUGGCCACAAGAAGCGCGGGCGUCACCCAAGAGCACCCUCGCCCGCUCCAUCGCCGUCGCCGUUCGCCGCUCCGCCGAAAGCCUCGCCAUUGUUAGCCCCUCCACAUGUGGUCAGGCCUCUGCCUUCCACCCCACAGCCAAGUCAUGAUCCUCAAGUUGCUGCCCCAGUCAACCCUUUGCAUAGGCAUUCCUGGAGAGCCUACGGUUUGGUCACGGCGGGUGGUGCAGCUCUCCUUGUCAUGACAGCGGCGUUUGCUGUGUACUGCCGGGCGAAGAAAGUGGGUACUGUGAGGCCUUGGGUCACAGGGCUAAGCGGGCAACUGCAGCGAGCAUUUGUGACAGGUGUGCCUUCACUGAAACGGUCAGAGCUGGAAGCAGCCUGUGAGGAUUUCAGCAAUAUAAUUGGUUCUACGGCUAACUGCAUGUUGUAUAAGGGAACAUUGUCAAGCGGAGUCGAAAUAGCGGUUGUGUCAAGUUUAAUAUCAUCUAAGAAUGAUUGGUCAAAAGAAUGUGAAUCCCAGUACAGGAAAAAGAUCUCGAGUUUAUCCAAAGUGGGCCACAAGAAUUUUAUAAAUCUGCUUGGCUACUGUGAAGAAGAAAAUCCUUUCACCAGAGCUAUGGUGUUUGAAUAUGCUCCAAAUGGAACCCUUUUCGAGCAUCUCCAUGUUAGAGAAGCUGAGAAUCUGGACUGGAUGGCACGACUUAGAAUAUCGAUGGGGAUAGCAUAUUGUCUCGAGCAAAUGCACAAGCUCAAUCCACCCGUCGUGCCAAGGAGCUUCAGCUCAACAACUAUCCACCUCACCGAUGAUUUCGCCGCAAAGGUUUCAGAUCUUGAUUUCUGGAAUGGCACCAAGGGAUCCGAUUCCGUCACCGAGGGCUGCACCAUGUUGGACACGGAGAGCAUCGUGCAUCAGUAUGGCAUUAUACUGCUGGAGAUAUUAACCGGGAGAGUACCCUUCCCUGAGCAAGACCUGCCACUUGAACAGUGGGCGUCCAUCUAUUUUGAAGGCAAGAUGCCUCUUGCAGAGCUGAUGUACUCGAGCCUGGGCUCCUUCCCUGAAGAAACCGCGCGCGCGUUGUGCGACGUCGCGAGGUCCUGCAUCGACCCGGACCCGAGCAAGAGACCGCGGAUGGCGCAGGUGGCGGCGCAGAUGAAGGAGAUCACAGCGGUGGGGCCUGAGGGCGCGACUCCGAAGGUGUCGCCGCUGUGGUGGGCUGAGCUUGAGAUCAUGUCUGCUGAAGCUACCUGAAUGGUGAAUCCCUUGGGCAGUCUAUUUCCCCUGUUAUGAUCAUGGAUUCUUUGGUUUGCUUUGUUGUUCCUUGUACUGGAAAGUUGGCUGUGGCUUUGAGCUUGAACGUGUAGUAGUGGCAUUGUAAUGAGGUGUCCUGCCAGCAAAUUUAGUGAGAGUAAACGGGGAGAUGUGUGGUUUA